UUAAACAGCUAAACAAAGGCGGCUUUUGAAGAAGCCUCCUAUAGCAUAUACUAUUGCACAUUUCUAACAUUAUAUAUAUACAUAUAUAUUACUACGUUACCAUUAUCCUGAAAUUAAAUUGCAAUAAUUGGGUACGUAUAGUAUAGUGAAACCGAAAAAAUGGGUCGGGUUAAUUUUCUGACGAGUCUAAUAUUAUCAAUUUCCGUGGGUGUUAUUCUGUUCUCCGGCCGCCCGGCAUCGGCUCAGCUCCGGCAGAACUUCUAUUCGAACACCUGCCCCGACGUGGAAAGCAUCGUAAGAAGAGCCGUCUCGGCAAAAGUCAGCCAAACGUUCGUUACUAUUCCGGCCACCAUUCGUCUCUUUUUCCACGAUUGUUUUGUUUCGGGGUGUGACGCGUCGGUGAUAGUAGCGUCGACGGGGGGAAACACGGCGGAGAAGGACCACCCGGACAAUUUGUCGCUCGCCGGAGAUGGGUUCGACACCGUGAUCAAAGCCAAAGCCGCCGUUGAUGCCGUCCCACGUUGUAAGAACAAGGUUUCUUGUGCCGAUAUUCUUGCAUUGGCUACUCGUGACGUCAUUGUCCUGGCUGGUGGGCCCACGUAUCCGGUGGAAUUGGGGCGAUUGGAUGGAUUGAGCUCCACGUCAGCAAGUGUAAAUGGGAAUUUGCCCAAGGCAAAUUUCAACUUGAAUCAGCUUAAUUCCAUGUUUGCUUCUAGAGGUUUAACCCAGGCUGAUAUGAUUGCUCUCUCAGCUUGUCACACUCUAGGAUUCUCACACUGCACCCAAAUCACGAACCGGCUCUACAAUUUCAGCCCAGGAACCCCGGUCGACCCGACCCUAAACCGGCAAUAUGCGACCCAACUACAGGGUAUGUGCCCGCGGAAUGUGGAUCCGAGAGUAGCCAUUGACAUGGAUCCGACAAGUCCUAGGAUAUUCGACAAUGCGUAUUUCCAGAAUCUUGUACAAGGAAAGGGUUUGUUCACUUCGGAUCAAGUUCUUUUCACGGAUUCAAGAUCAAGAAAUACUGUCACUACUUGGGCAUCGAAUUCUCAGGCCUUUAACGCUGCUUUCAUACAGGCUAUCACUAAAUUGGGUCGGGUCGGGGUCAAGACCGGAGGAAAUGGGAAUAUUCGUUUCGACUGUGGAAGGUUCAAUUGAGAUUUUAAAGGCAUAUUUUGAUUGUAAAAAUAAAAAAUAAAAUUAAAAAAAAAAUCAAAAUUUCAUGGUUUCUAAGAAAUAACAAAGUGAAUAAGUGAAUAUCAAUGGGUCUCACUAUGUGUGGAAAUGAAUUAAGUUAAAUUAUGUGUAAUAAAUGUUUUUAAUUCAAUGGUGAAAAAAAUAAAAUAAAUCGUUUCAAUA